AUGCAGGUCAACGCAUCCCGCCGCCUUCAAAAUGUUUCGGUUAUUGUGUUGGAAGUAUCCGGCAAAGACAUGGGUAAGCCUCACCUCAGUAAUGGUGGUGAGCCUGGUCAGCCACUUUUGGAUAAACCUGAGAAGUGUUCUGACAGUUCACUCGCUCCAAAUCCUGAAGCUACUGCCAAUAUAUUCUCUAGGAUCACCUUCAUUUUUAUGACUGGACUGUUCUACAAAGGAUGUCGAAAAACCCUUGAGGUAGAAGACAUGUAUGAACCUCUUCCUGAACAUGAAUCCGAAGCAGCCACGAGGGAACUUUCACGCGCUUGGGAAUUGGAACAAGGGAUAGCUGCAAAAGCUGGUCGAGCGCCAAGUUUGAUGAAUGCUAUCCGAAGAACAUACUGGAAGGAGAUCGCACAGUUUGGUAUUCUACUGUUUGUAGAGGAAUCCAUCAAACUCUGUCAGCCGCUAUUUAUGGGACGUCUAAUUCGAUACUUUCGUUAUGAUGCUCCUUUGACAGACACAGAGGCGUACGUAGCUGCUGGAGGUGUCGCUAUGACUGCCGCGUUGUUCGCCCUCAUUCAUCACCCUUAUUUCUAUGGACUUCAGAAAGUCGGACUUAAGUUGAAGAUUGCUGCUAGUGGAAUGCUCGUUAACAAGGGUAUACUUCUCUCAAGUACGGCUCUUCACAAGACCACUGUUGGACACUUGGUAAAUCUACUAUCAACUGAUAUUAACAAAUUUGACAUGGGUUUUAUAUUCCUUCACUACAUGUGGGUUUCUCCGUUGAUGCUUGUCGCCUACAGUUAUUACUUAUGGCAAGAAAUAGGACCUUCUUCAUUUGCCGGAUUCGGAGCAUUGGUUGUGCUGAUUCCUAUUCAAGGAUACUUUAGUAGACAAAUGGGACGUUGCAGAAGAGAAAUCGCUGUUCGCACGGAUAAGAGAAUAAGUGUCAUGAACGAAAUCUUAAAUGGUAUUCGUGUGAUCAAAAUGUAUGCUUGGGAAGGAGCGUUUUCUGAGACCGCACUUUACAAUGCAUGUCGUCUUCCUGUGACUUUGUUCCUUCCAUUUUCUCUGCAGUUCUUUUUCGAAGUACGAGUAUCUGUUCGUCGUGUUCAGGCAUUUCUGGAACUGGAAGAGUUCUCAUCAUAUGUACAUGAGGCUUUGACGUACAUAAAAGACGGAUCUGCUCAGUUCGUUCCAAAUCUUGAGACGGGUGAAAAUGAAGUUCUACUCAAGCGUGAUACCAACAAUGUAGAUAACAUUGAUAAUAAACCAAUUGAAAAGAAGUCGUUAGAUGGUGGCGAGAUUGUUGCCCAAUCACUUACCACUUCUUGGCAAACUGUUGAGGCAAGUUACAUUUUUCACAACUUAACUGAAACUUGUUCAAUCGAUGAAGGAGAGGAUGUGUUUGCUGUCAGAAAUCUCAGCUUUGAAGCGAAACCUGGAGAUCUUGUUGCAGUUAUUGGGCCUGUCGGAGCAGGCAAGUCGUCUUUGCUAUCGUCAUUACUCUGCGAAGCUCGCUAUGUUUCCGGCAAGCUAUCCAUAAGUGGAAAAAUCGCCUAUUGUAGUCAAGAUGCGUGGAUCUUCAGUGGGACAAUUCGUGACAACAUUCUAUUUGACUAUGAAUUCGACCAGGAGAAGUACAGAAAAGCGUUGGAAAUAUCUGCCUUAAAUAAUGACAUAGCUCAGUUUCCUCGUGGUGACGCUGUGCUUGUUGGUGACCGUGGCACUUCGCUAUCAGGUGGCCAAAAGGCACGUGUCUCACUUGCUCGAGCUAUCUACUCAGACGCAGAUAUUUUCCUACUUGACGACCCCCUCUCAGCUGUUGAUGCAUCUGUUGGACGCUACUUGUUUGAGAAAUGUAUUUGUGGUUAUUUGCGAAACAAAGUCGUAGUUCUCGUCACGCAUCAAAUUCAGUUCCUACAUCGCGCAUCCGAAGUUCUUCUGAUGAAGAAUGGCGAGGUAGUUGCAAAAGGAAGUCUUUCAGAAUUGAAAGAAAACCAUGCGGAACAGUUUGCUGCUCUUAUUCAGGAAACCGAGAACUCAUACAGUCGACAAAAUUCCUGUGAUCGUCCUGGUUCUGUGAAUAGUCCUCGUCGUACGCUUUCAAGGGCGUCUGAAGAACCCGAAACAGAUCAUGGUAGCGUCGAGCGAACCCCAAGUUAUGUUAGUGAAAAAGAUGAACAUGAAUUGAAGGAAAAGACUGACUAUGUUCCUGAGGUUGUAGAAGAGGACAAGGUGGCUGGAGCCGUCUCUUGGCGAAUUUAUGGUGUUUACGUGCAAACGAUGUGUUCCAAUCCACUUGUUAUCCCACCUCUUCUUUUCGUGGUCUUCAGUGUACAGCUGUUGUUUAACCUUACGGAUUGGUGGCUGAACAAGUGGACUAAUGCAGCUGAAAAAGCGACCGCGGCACGGCUCAGUAAUACUACAGUUACUGAAGAUCGUUAUGCAUUCUUUGGAUGGGUGUGGUAUGUCGAUCUGUCCGACUAUAUGUAUUCAUACACCGUGCUUACUUUAAUCCUAAUUGUUGGCUCUGUUGUGAGAUGUGUAUGGUUCCGAUUCUCUCAAAUACUUGCUUCCAUAGCACUCCACCAGAAAAUGUUUAGCGCUGUUGUUAAUACUAAGAUCUCAUUUUUCGAUAAGAAUCCAAUAGGUCGUAUUCUUAAUCGAUUCUCUAAAGAUGUCGGAACAAUGGAUGAUCAGUUGUCAUUCGUUUUCUUCGAAUUUCUAAUGGCAAGUUCUUCGUUUGAGAUAUUAUUUUUGGGUGCAUUAAAUUUCUUUGGGAUUGUCUUUGUGAUCCUUUUGCUCAAUCCGAUAGUUUUUCUUCCAACUCUUCCACUACUUAUUCUUUUCUUCAUGUUGCGUCUUGUUUAUCUGGCAUCUUCUCGCGACGUGAAGCGACUGGAGGCAACUACACGUAGUCCACUGUACUCUCACAUUUCGGCUUUCAUGAAUGGCCUUUUCACUGUGAGGGCUUUCGGUAAACAAAAAGAAGUUCUGCAUGAGUAUCAUCGAGCUCAAAAUAUAAAUACUGCUGCCUUUGGGCUUACGCUUACCACUUCUCGUUGGUUUGCGGCUUGCAUUGAUUGGCUGGUAGCAUUGUUCGUAUCUGUAGUGGCUUUCUUUAGUGUUAUUUCACCAGCGACUAUGACUUCUGGAGAAGUAGCUUUGAUGUUAGUCUAUGCUGUACAGCUGACUGGUUUCUUCUCAUGGAUCAUGCGACAGUCAGCUGAACUACAGAACGGAAUGGUUUCCGUUGAACGCAUCGUUCAGUAUACUGAAUUGGAAUCCGAGCAUAAUGAGGUCGGCGCUUUGGAGGCACCGAAAACAUGGCCAACCGAAGGCCAUAUAACAAUCAGCAAUAUGUACAUGAAAUAUGAUGAAGGUGGAGAGUAUGUAUUAAAGAAUGUCUCUCUUGACAUAAAGCCAAGGGAGAAGAUUGGUAUUGUUGGACGCACUGGUGCUGGAAAAUCAUCUCUGCUACGUGCUCUGUUCCGCCUUACACCGCCCUCUUCCGGAACCGUAGUGAUUGAUGGCAUAAAUACUGAAACAUUACCGCUUAAAGUACUUCGUCGAGGAAUUGCCAUCAUUCCGCAGGAGCCUGUUCUUUUCAUUGGAAGCUUGCGAAGAAAUCUUGACCCAUUCAAUAUGUAUAGUGAUGAGGAGAUUUGGCGUGUUAUUGAUCAGGUCGAAUUGAAACCAGUAGUUAUGGAACUAGCCGGAGGUUUAGAGACAGGAAUGCACGAAGGAGGAGUGAACUUCUCGGUUGGUCAACGUCAACUCGUCUGUCUUGCCAGAGCAUUAUUGCGCAACUCACGAAUACUAGUCAUCGAUGAGGCUACUGCAAAUGUCGACCCUCGUACUGAUGCUUUGAUCCAACGAACUAUCCGCGAGAGUUUCUCACAGUCAACCGUAUUGACGAUAGCCCAUCGCUUAAAUACAAUCAUGGAUUCCAGUCGAGUUCUUGUCCUAAAAGAUGGUGAGGUAGCAGAAUUUGGUCCAGCUUACGAGCUGCUUCAAAAGCGAGAUGGUAUCCUCAAAAGUUUAGUUGAGGAAACGGGGAAGGAAAAUGCUGAACUCCUCCACAAGAUGAAUGUUUACCUUAUAAUUUUUAUUUUUCCCCUAGCUACAGCUUUCGUACCAAAUUAUCUUGAUCCUGGUAAUCGUUUUCAGGCGAUUCAUACUCAGAAUCAACCUCGUUCACGACAUACGGAUCAAUUUCAAAGAAGUGAGAUUAGAGUUGAGGAUAGUUUAGAUGCAGGUAAAGUUCAGUCAUAUUUACAAGCUCCUAUCAUGGAUCAUGAUGUGGAUGGAGCAGAGUGUGAAGCGCUUCCGAAUGGUACAGAAACUAAACCUGCAUUUUUCAUGUGUAAAGAAGAUACUCUUGUCACACUACACGGUGGAGCUAUCACUAAUAUGAAUGGUGACGAUCGAUAUCCGGUAAAUUUCGAUAUGCCUCUACGUGUGUUCUUGGAUGUGACCAGUGCGGCUCCAAGGAGGCACGAUAACCUAGGAUUAGAAGUUUCUCUGUACAAAAGAUCAACUGGAUUUUUUGGUUGUGGAUGGAUGUUUCUGCCGAGCUUCGGAAUGCUAAGUAACUAUGAAUUGUGCGCCGACAAUCCUUCUUGUCCAUUGUCGCCAGGACGACAAGUACUUGAGUUCACACUUGAUCCUACACGACUUUUCACUCGUCUCUUUCGAAUGAUUCACUACGACAUGUCUGCCUACCAGCUGGUGAUCCGUCUACGCGAUAAUAAGGACCCAUUUAGCGAAUUACUAUGUACUACUAUUCAAACUCGGGUAUUUCUUUGA